AUGGAAGAUCUUAAUUCCAAUGAUCUCAAGAGGAAACCUCCUAAGACUAACAAAGAAAGAUCAAGACAGCAUAGAAUCAGAAAGAAGAAGUUUAUAGAAGAAAUACAGCAAGAAUGUAAAGAUCUAAGAGCAAAAGUUAAGACUCUUGAGGAAGAAAACAAGCACUUGAAAGAAGCUCUCACAGAAACUAAAGUUUCAAAGUUAAAAUAUUCAAAAUGAAGGCAAGAGAAAAAGCAGUUUGACCACUCUCUUCAUGAGUAUGAAGACUAUCUCUACAAUAACUUGGGAAAUAAGGUAUUAGAGGACCCAGACCAAGUCCGAUAUAGCACCAUAGAGCAUGCAGUCGAACAUGUCUAUGAGUUCAGCGACGAUAGGAUUGAUUAUAUAAAAUCCUUAUUCAACAAGAUUUUAAAUAACAUGAUUUCUCAUGGAACCAAAUGCUUCUCUGUAUGCCAUAAUGUUGUUCCAAUCAAAUAAGUGGGAUGUAAACAUUGGACUAAAGAAAAGAGGUAGAAAAUAUUUUGAUAAAGCUUCUGAAACAGACAUAAUCCAAAAUGCGUUUAAAAACAUCGCCUUCACAGAGCAAGCCAAACAAACAUUCACCACCUUCAAUAAAAUCAUGACCUCCCAGAACCGAAAGGCUAAGAAAAUUGCCCAAAACCUAAUCAAACUCCGCAACAACCUUCUAAACCUCUACCAAGACAUGAAGGCCACAGUAGUUACUUCUUCCCAAUCAAACUGGUACAAAAAGCAAGACAUGUAUAACCACUUUCAGCUAAUCCAACGUAUCAGCAGCACUGGGCUUAUAACGAACCACAAAGUUUAUGAUAUCCCAAAGAAGGAGCACAAAGAGGAAAAGUAUCAAGAUGGAGAGCUUACUGAAUAACUAACUUUAUUGUUUCAAUCAUCUUGAGAUC